GAGCCGAGCGCGCAGCCGGGCCGCCGCCGCCGCCGCCGCCGCCGCCUCGCAGAUGCCAUCACAGCAACAAAGAGCUUGCUGAGCGGGGAGCCGCGGCGAGAGCUCGCCUGGAAACCGCCGAGCGGGCUUCGGGAGCUGGGCGGCAGUCGGAGGAAACGCGCGGGGGGUCUGGGGGAGGGGCGGGGGCAGAAGAUGGCCAAGAAGAGAGAGCCCCCCAGCAUCAAGGGUUAUCCGAGGACAUUUGAUCCUAAUUUCAAGGGGCCUGUUGCCAAGAGCAAAGUGUCCUCCCAGGUUCACUCAUGUUCAUCCAGAGGAAUUGAAAUCAGGAUCACAAACAGGAGUUGUACGGAUGUUCUGUGCUGCAUCAUCUUCAUACUGUUCAUCAUUGCCUACAUUCUUUUAGGACUUGUGGCCUGGGUACAUGGAGACCCCAGGAGAGUGGCCUACCCUACAGACAGCAAGGGCCACUUUUGUGGCCAGAAGGGCACCCCCAAUGAGAACAAGACCAUUUUGUUUUACUUUAACUUGUUCAGCUGUACCAGUCCCUCUGUGGUGGUAAACUUACAGUGCCCUACCACACAGAUCUGUGUCUCCAAGUGCCCAGAAAAAUUUUUAACUUACAUGGAAAUACAGUUUAUGUACAGAACAAACAAACACUAUUGGAUGUACUACAGCCAGUUCUGCAAAUCCCCUUUUGUUAAGCCUGCAAAGACUGUCACACAAGUCUUACUGGAUGAUGAUUGUCCAAUAGCAAUUUUUCCAAGCAAGCCAUUUCUCCAGAGAUGUUUCCCUGACUUCACUACUAAAAAUGGCACCUUGACAGUAGGAAAUAAGACAAUAUUUGAAGAUGGAAGUGGAAAGAAAAGAAAUGCUAUAGAACUCAGGAGAGCUGCAAAUCGUGUCAAUAAAAUCCUUGAUGCAAGGGCAAUUGGAAUGAAAGUAUUUGAAGACUAUGCAACAACUUGGUAUUGGAUUCUCAUUGGGCUGACUAUCGCCAUGCUCCUUAGUUGGUUGUUUGUGAUACUCCUGAGGUUCACAGCUGGAUUCCUCUUCUGGGUCUUCAUGGUGGGUGUGAUUGGAAUUAUAGGUUAUGGAAUAUGGCACUGUUACCAGGAACAUAGCAAUCUUCAGGGACGGCCAAAUUCUCACUUAACUAUAUAUGACAUCGGGUUUCAGACUGAUAUAAGCAUGUACUUCCAACUGAAACAAACAUGGUUUGCAUUUAUGAUAAUACUCUGCCUUCUUGAAGUGUUUAUCAUCCUCAUGCUGAUCUUCCUCAGGGAACGAAUCCGCAUCUCCAUUGCCCUGCUGAAGGAAGGGAGCAAAGCCAUUGGAUACCUCCCUACUACAUUAAUUUAUCCAGUUUUAACUUUCAUUUUCCUCUCCAUCUGUAUUGCCUACUGGGCAGUGACAGCAAUUUACUUGGCUACAUCGGGAGUACCUAUAUACAAAGUCAUAUCCCCAGAAAGGACAUGUAAACAUGAAAAUACAACCUGUAACCCAGAGAUUUUUAAUACAACUGAAAUUGCCAGAGUUUGCCCUGGGGCUCAGUGUAACUUUGCUUUCUAUGGUGGAAAGAGCCUAUACCAUCAGUAUGUCCCUACCUUCCAGAUGUUCAACCUAUUUGUCUUUCUCUGGCUUAUAAACUUCAUCAUUGCACUGGGUCAGUGUGCCCUUGCUGGUGCCUUUGCUUCUUAUUACUGGGCCUUGAAAAAACCUGAUGACAUCCCACAGUAUCCAGUUUUUACUGCAUUUGGACGAGCCAUACGAUAUCACACAGGAUCCCUAGCAUUUGGAUCUUUAAUUCUUGCAUUAAUUCAAAUGUUUAAAUUAGUCCUAGAAUACUUGGACCACCGUCUUAAAGAGGCCCAGAACAACAUUUCUAAAUUUCUACAAUGCUGCCUGAAAUGCUGUUUCUGGUGUUUGGAAAAAAUGGUAAAGUUUUUUAACAGAAAUGCCUAUGUUAUGAUUGCAAUAUAUGGCAAAAACUUCUGCAGGUCAGCAAGAGAUGCUUUCAAUCUGCUGAUGAGAAAUGUUUUAAAAGUUGCAGUUAUGGAUAAAGUUACAGACUUUGUACUAAUCCUGGGGAAAAUUCUAGUUGCUGGAUGUAUAGGUGUGCUGGCCUUCUUACUCUUCACCCACAGAUUGCCAGUGAUGAUAGAAGGACCAACAUCUUUAAAUUACUACUGGGUACCUUUGCUGACAGUCAUUAUUGGAUCUUACCUAGUUGCACAUGGGUUCUUCAGCGUCUAUGCAAUGUGUAUUGAUACAAUUUUCAUCUGCUUCUGUGAAGAUCUGGAAAGAAAUGAUGGAUCCAGAGAAAAACCCUACUUCAUAGCCCCUACCCUGCAUGGAACUCUGAACAAGAUGCAACUAGUUCCCCUGAAGCAGAAAGAGUAGAAAAGCUCCAAACAGUGACAUUCAUUUUUAAAUAGAACUUUUGUAAACUAGAUCAUUUGUGACUUGAAAAUGAUUCUUUUGAGUAAUGUGAAAUUUCUGUGCUUACUCCUAAAAAGCCAGAACCUGGUACCACUUGAGGUGACAGGCAUUUGGUGACAGUAGCCACUGUGAACUAGGGUACUUUAUAGACUGUUGUCUCAGCUGAAAAAGCAAGGUGUAAAUGUCAAACAUAUAUUUAAAGCCUAUAGCCAAAAGUGUUUUAAAUGAGACUUUUAUAAUUCAGAGUGCUGUUUCCCGUUGCAGCACUUUGAUCGCCUUUCUUUUUAUAAAUGUAUAUUUGUAAAGGAUAUUCAGACAAUUUUUGAAAGCACUAUAAACGUAUAGUCAAUUAGCCAUAAAAAAGACUGACAUAGUUAACCAGCAUACGGUACUAAAUUUGUAAAUAUGGUGCUAUGGUUAUAUAGCUGCUCCAACUAGUGGGCGGCUUUCUCAACUGUGAUUAAACUCGUAUAAAUGUUUCCCUAGGAAGUAUAUUUCAGUGUGUGAUUCAAUACAACAGAGAUGUUAAUGUUAUACAAGUUCCAUAGAGAACACUGCUAGGUAAAAAUCACUGGGGAACCUCAUAACCCCAGAGCCCACUUUGUUUUUAGUGAAAUUAUACUCAUAGUAAAGUUGAAUCUGAGUUUUGGGAUGUCAUUUCCAAUACUGUGAACAUCUAGCCACCGUGAAAAUAUGCUGAACAAAACUGAAAUGGCUACAUAACUCAUGCCUUUUGUCUCUAACCCAGAUGGAGACAAAUUCCUAUUUUCCUAUUCCCACCAUACAGAAAAUUGGAAUGGAUCGGUUUCAGACGAGUGAUUCUAUCUUUCACAAGCAUACCUGUUUUUCUAGAUUAAAGAGAUUGUUUGACUUCAUUCUACAAAAGGUUUAGUUUUAGCUCAACUUAAGUGAGGAAAGAGAAAAGAUGAGUAAGACACUUCAGAUUUUUCCCUAAGGAAAUAUACUACUAGCACUCCAUUGGUACCUUGUUUGGUACCUUUACAGGGGUGCACUGCACGAUAGGAAAUCUCUCUCUUGAGAGUUUAGCAGGAAAGUUAUUUUUAUACUCCAUCCUUGCUGGCCAGAACAACAAGCUGGUUGCUGGCAGCCAUGCCUUAGUCUUUUGCAUGGUGGAACAAAGCAUGAAUCAGACACUCAAGUACUUUGCCUGUCCAUCCCUUGUGUGCACAUGUGUAUGAUUUGGCUAACAGUGUAAAAAUUACCCCAAAAGGAACAUUGAAUCAAGUAGUAGCCUUUGGGCAUUUACACUAAGCUUGUGUAUAAGGAUUAUUUAUGUAUUGACACAAAGAAAUGUGUUGAUCUAAGACUGUGGUCUAAAUGUGAUCUAAAUAUGAUCCAUGUAUUUAAGAAGAGAGUCAGAAAUGUAUCAUCGUGUCACAAAUUAAUAUAAAAACUAACUUAUGUAAUCCUGAAGUAUGGGAACCUAGAUUUAGAUUGACUCUGUGACAGCUUAAUAGCAAGAAACCAAUGAAUAAGGAAGAUUUUCAAAAUAGUGGUCUUUAUAAUAAUGGCCACCGUCUUGUUCUUGGCUUAUUUUCUUGAGAUUGUUAUAGUCAAAAGUGUCACUUGGCUUUACAUUGUGGCAAAGGGCCUUCUUCACUCUUAUUCUCCUUGAAGUAUAAUUCAGAGAAGAGUGAUUAUCUUUCUGGAUGGUUAUUAUUAUCCAACAAUACAGAGGUCACAACCAAGAUCUAGUAAAUAGUAAAACCUCUCUUUUUUGAGAGAGAGAGAGUGUGUGUGUGCAAGUGCACAUGUGCACACAUGAGCAGCAGGAAAGUGGGGAGAGGGAGAGAAUUUUAAACAGGUUCCACGCCCAGUGCAGAGUCGA